CCCGAGCCGGAGCGGAGCGGACGAUGGCGGCCCUGCGGCUCCUGGCGUCGGUGCUCGGGCGCCGGGUCCCCGCCGGCCGCUCGGGGCGCGCGCUGGCGAAGGGUGGCGCGUGCGGCUUCGCCUGCAGCGCCCGCGCGCGCGCCAGGUUCUACACGGACCCGGUGAAGGCCGUGGGAGACAUCACUGAUGGCUCGAGGAUCAUGAUCGGGGGCUUCGGGCUCUGCGGCAUCCCGGAGAACCUGAUAGGGGCGCUGCUGAAGACCCGCGUGAAGGACUUGACAGUGGUCAGCAGCAACGUGGGGGUGGAGAGCUUCGGUCUCGGCCUUUUACUGGGGACCAAGCAGAUCACCCGCAUCGUCUGCUCCUACCUGGGGGAGAACUCGCUCUGUGAGCACCAGUACCUGGCGGGUGAGCUGGAGCUGGAGAUCACGCCCCAGGGCACCCUGGCCGAGCGCAUCCGCGCAGGGGGCGCCGGUGUGCCCGCCUUCUACACCCCCACGGCCUACGGGACCUUGGUCCAGGAGGGAGGCGCACCCAUCAGGUACUUACCAGACGGCCACAUCGCCAUCCUCAGCCAGCCCAGGGAGGUGAGGGAGUUCCAUGGGCAGCACUACCUGCUGGAACACGCCAUCACCGCUGAUUUUGCUUUGGUGAAAGGGUGGAAGGCCGACCUGGCAGGAAAUGUCAUCUUCAGGGCCAGUGCCAGGAACUUCAACGUGCCCAUGUGCAAAGCUGCCAGAACCUCCGUGGUGGAGGUUGAAGAAAUUGUGGACGUGGGGUCCUUUGCCCCAGAAGACAUCCAUGUUCCUAGCAUUUAUGUAGAUCGCAUAAUACAGGGGGAAAAAUAUGAGAAAAGAAUUGAGCAUUUAACCGUCCGGAAAGAGGAUGAUGAAAUUUGCACGUCUUCAGAUAACAUAAGGACACGGAUCAUCAAGCGGGCAGCUCUUGAAUUUGAGGAUGGCAUGUACGCCAAUCUGGGCAUCGGCAUCCCUCUCCUGGCCCCCAACUACAUCAGCCCCAACAUCACCGUGCACCUUCACAGUGAGAACGGGAUCUUGGGCUUGGGUCCCUUUCCAUUAAAAGAGGAGGUGGACGCAGACCUCAUCAACGCGGGCAAGCAGACAGUCACCCUUCUUCCCGGGGGCUCUUUUUUCUCCAGUGAUGAAUCAUUUGCCAUGAUUCGAGGAGGACACAUCAACCUGACCUUGCUGGGAGCCAUGCAGGUUUCCAAAUACGGUGACCUGGCUAACUGGAUGAUACCCGGCAAGAAGGUGAAAGGCAUGGGGGGUGCGAUGGAUCUGGUGUCCAGUUCCAAGACGCGAGUGGUAGUCACCAUGGAGCACUGCAACAAGGCCAACGAACCCAAGAUCGUGGAGAAGUGCACCAUGCCACUGACUGGGAAGCGGUGCGUGGACCGAAUCAUCACCGAGAAGGCCGUGUUUGAUGUACACAAGAAGACAGGGCUGACCCUGAUUGAGCUCUGGGACGGCCUAACAGUGGAGGACAUCAAAAAGAGCACAGGGAGCCCCUUUGCCGUCUCCCCGAGCCUCAGACCCAUGCAGCAGGUCAAAAUGUAGCCCGAGAGUGAACCUCGGUCCCCGAGCGUGUGCUUCUGCCGUCACCUCCCAGGACUGCAUUCCAAGGAGGCCACAGUCACAUUUGUGCAUUUCACCAGCAUCUGGCGGGCUUUGUCCUGCCAUCCCAGGCUGGCUGCCCCUGGAUAGCCUAGGUUCUCUCAGGAGAGACGUGCCUUUAAUUAAAAACCAGAGGAAAGCAAAGACGUUGACCUUGUAUGUCCUGUGAAUUCUGAGAAAGCUCUGCUCCCAUCGCCCUCCUCACUGUCUGUGAUAUUUACAUUAAAUUCUAUGCGGUUUGAGAUGAUCCCAUAGAAGGGGUUUCAUUGAAGUGCCUGUUGGCACGAAUGAAUCAUGAACCAUAGGGAAAGUGACGGGGGAGGAACAAAUCCACCCAGAGUCUGCGUCUGGAGUUUCCUAGAACCAUGAAAACAUACACACGUAAAUGUGAAUUUGUGAUCAGGAGAAAUGCUGUCUUAAAGAAUGACUUUUUUUUCCUUUGGCCCCUUUGACUUUCCUUCUGGACCUUUCAUUUUGUCCCUAAGGUUUCUUUUCAUUGUAGCCUCACCUUCUCUGCCCCCUAUAUUUCUCCUUCUUGUAGCUAAGCAUAUGUCUUUAGAAGGGAAGCAAGAACAUCUCAGCAGCCAGUAAACUGGUCAUAGGGGCAAUUGAAGGGGGAAGAGACUGUGAGUGCCGAUAUUCUGCAGGGAGGUCUCCUCUGAAUAAACAGUCCAGCCGUGUGCUUCCAAAGGCUUUGGCUUAGGAUGGAAGGGAUCUAGAAACCUGACAGAUGGACUUCAGUGGGUUUUCUCAUCUCAGAUCAUCCAGAUCAGACACUGGACCCUUCCUCUCUGUUAGAGGGCCUAAACUGGCCUUUUGUUCAUACUCCCUUGAAAUUCAACAGGGGCAGAGAGGUACUUCAUCCUGUAUCCACAGUCUCACAAGCUAGAGAGAAAAAAAUGUGUGUGUGUGUUGGGGAGGGGGGUUCAAACUCAGGCCUGCCAUGGAACUCAGGCUUUCUCAGUGUGGCCCUAGGGCUGCACAGGAGCUCGUGUUCGUGGGUAAGAACACGAAGCUCCAGCUGGUCCAGGAAGGCCUUUUGGAGAGGCCUCCCUGGAGCCUCACCCUGGCAGGAGGCCCAGAUCCUGCAGUGGAGACAGUGCACCUGAAGGGGUGUCAGGGGACCGUCACCAGGUGGGCAGGGGAUGGGCGUCACUGGAUAGACGUUGCAGCACCUUCUGGGGCUUCUGGAGAUGAGGACCUGACUGCCCUGGGUGUCGGGAGAAGUCUUUCAGCAGCAUCCAGGACAGGCAGAGGUUUCCAGAAGCAGAGCAGUGAGAGGGCUGUUCAACAGUAGGAAGAAGGAAAAGCUCUGAGUUCCUAGUUCUCCUGGUGAGGAAACAACCCGUGGGACAAAGGCAGGUCACAGCUGGCUUCCCUCCCAGGCCCCCAGGCGUGCCCGGUCACAGCUGGCUUCCUGCCCAGGGCCCCCAGGAGCCCAGACUGCCCUUCACCUUGGCACGAGGGUGCCAUCCAUGGCAGCAGGCUGAGGGCGGGCAGGGGCUGCAGGGAGGCUCAUGUGGCACCCAGGGCAGAAAGAGGCCUUGGGGAGGGAUGGGAGCAACCUUGGCCUGGCCCAGGGGCAGGGGGAUGAGUCCCCGGGGAUGGGAUGGGCAGGGGAGCUACCAUGACACCCAGGCCCUGAUGGGGAGGACUCAAACAUGGGGGAGGGUGGAAGUGUCCGGGGCCCGCCUGGCCCAGAAAAGCAGCAUCUUCAUCCAGGCCUGCAGUGGGGGAGGGAAGGCCACAGUGUGGCCCCCAUCUCCAGGCGUGGCCACACAUCCUCGUCCCUGCAAAGGGACAGCGUGCCUGCCGGCACCCUCACAGCUCAGGUCUAGAGCAGGGACUCUGGGCCCCAGAGGCUCCUGGAGUUCCUGCUCUGCUUUCUCGAAAGGGUCCUGCCAGAGCCAGACAGCCUGGGCACCACCACCUGGACAGUCCAGGACUGCCCUGUGACCCCCCCCCACUCUGCUCCCAGGAGACCCCAAUACCAGACAGUUGCACAAAGAGAAGCCUACAAUGGGCCCAGCCUUGGGUCACCCAAGGUCUCCCUGGCCCGUCUAUGGACAGGGCUCUCCAGGGACUCACAGGACAGGGGGCUGCACACACAGGCCCGGAGGGUGACUGGGCCGAGGUUGCCUCAGGUGUCCACUGGGGAGCUCCACUCCAGUGCCACGUAGCCGAGAGCUGUCCACAUGCCCACAUCGCUCCAUAGCCACCUCCUGGUGCCCUCAGGGCCUUUCCCUCUAGGGAGGGGCUGCUGUGUGUCUUGUGGCUUUGCCUCCUCACGGGCCGGCUCUUCCUGUGACCCUCACUUGUCGUGACCCAAACUCCCCGAAUGGCUUCUCCCUGGGCCCCUUCAGUGUCAGCUCCUAUCUCAGCAGAGUCAUCUCUGCUGAGCCCUCUGAUGGGCCCACUGCAUGUUGUGGCAGGUGAUGUCAUAGGUCAAAGGUUAGUCUCUGGUCAGUUGGU